GAAGUAGAAGUUAAAUGUAAAGGAUUUAAACCUUUGCUUGCAAAAUAUAUAUUUAUGACAUCACGAAGAUCUUCAGAAGAAUCAUUUAAUUUUAGUCAAUGUAAUAAGAGUGAAGAUGAAGUAUAUAGAGAUUGGGAUCAGUUUGACAGGAGACUUGAUUUUAUUAUCGAAUUUAAAGGCAAAUGGAAUGAUAAUAUCGAUUUACAUACAACAGAAUUAAUAUUUCACAGAGGUUCUAAGGAUGAGUUUAGGAACAUGAUCUGGGAUUUAAAAUAUGAUAAAGGAGAAUACAUAACUGAAGAAUUAAUAGAAGUUGUCAAAGAUUUAAACAAAGAUGAGGAUAGAAAGAUCGUAAUUAAGAAUAAUCAAGUGUAUUGGAGACGUCAUUUUUCUGAGUUCAAAAAGAGAUACUUAUGA